UCGGAAAUAGAUUUCUAUUCAUCAAUUGCUUCCGUCGCUUCCGAGUUCAACUCCCCUUACGAGUUAUCGAUAAGGAGUAGAAAUAUUGACUUGAGAGAUGGCUCGUGAAUAUGAUCAUCUAUUCAAGCUUUUAAUUAUUGGUGACAGUGGAGUUGGCAAGAGCAGCUUGCUGUUACGAUUUGCAGACAAUGUAUUUUCCGGGACAUACAUAACGACUAUUGGUGUAGAUUUCAAAAUUAGGACUAUUGAUGUGAAUGGAGAACGGGUCAAGUUACAGAUCUGGGACACUGCUGGACAAGAGAGAUUCAGAACAAUCACAUCAACGUAUUACAGAGGGACUCAUGGGGUCCUGGUUGUAUAUGAUGUGACUAGUGGUGAAUCUUUUGCCAAUGUUCAAAGAUGGUUGCAUGAAAUUGACCAAAACUGUGAUGUUGUCAACAGAAUACUUGUUGGCAACAAAGAUGAUGAUCCAGACAGGAAAGUUGUACUCACACAAGACGCCGAGAGAUUUGCAGAGCGGAUGCAGAUUCAGUUGUUUGAGACCAGUGCCAAGGAAAACAAAAAUGUGGAGGAGAUGUUUAUGGCUAUAACCAAGCUUGUUCUGGAGUCCAAGAGAAAAAUGCAAGAGGAGGCACGGAAACAGCCCCCAAGUACAAUACGAGUGACGGCCAAAGGGGGAAGUGGGAAGAAGAAACAAUGCUGCUAGUGGUGGAAUCCCUUCUCUCUGACCCUGCACCCAUGUUGUACCAUAAUAAGUCUCUUUCAAAAUGUAUGUGGUGAUUGAUCAUUUCGAGUAUUUUUAGACUUGUGGGAAAAGUUGUUGUGGUUCCGCAGAAGUCCUUAAUCUUGAAUGAAAAGUUUUCAGGUCUUGUUUUGAGCAAAUUUUUUUUUUUGGGAAAGGGGGGGGGGGGGGGGGGGGGGGGGGCAGUGAAGAGAAGGUACUCGUUUCUACAAGCAUCAGUUCACUGUCCUGGUUUGUGCUGCUUUCCAUCAUAGCCUUAUGGAUGAACUGUUUGGUUGCCACUGAUGCUCAAGUAGUCUAUUGGCAGUGGUGUUAAUUUCUUUCCUGCUUAUUUCACUUAUCAGCAUGUUAUUUUCAUCAUUCCGUUUCAUUUGUCUCCCCCCAUGUGAGCGAGUUUCAAAUGACUGAGAAACAUUUUCAUCUGUUCAGGUUACGCUUGGGUACAACUCAGUUUAUCUUUCCGAUAUUGUUGAGAUUUUUUUUCAGUCUCUUUUAUUCUUGACAACCUCGCUUCAGACUCUCCUUCUAAAAAUAUAUAUUCUCACAAGCUUUUGCAUAGCUGUAAUUAGCCAAGUGCUGAUGGACUGAAGUCAGUGAAGCUGGUAGUCAUUGUGUAUUUGGGUCUUGCUAGUUUCCAAAGCAGUAUUGUAUGAGAGAGGUGUUGUUUAUCGUCUUGUUCUGCUGUUUGUCGUCUCAGGAGAGCGCGAGUGCUGUUGGCUUUUGUAGGUAGACCAAAUAGUUGCAUGCUGUCUGUGAUGUUUAGAGCUCACUAUCAUUACCAUGUUAAUAAUGUCAAGAUUUUUUACAUGUAUUUUUUGUGUGCACUUCAGAGGCAACAGUGUGCAGUAUCUGUGUAUUAUGAUUCUAUCUUUAAAAACCCAGUGUAACUGCUUUAAAAUGUAUGGCCAAAUCCUUUUUCAUAUAUUGUAAAAGUCUUUGGGGGGUUUUUUUGUUUUUCAUUCUCCUUUGCCUUUCAGUUCUCUUCUUUUCUUUUUUUUUUUACUUGACGCUCCAUUUGUCUGAGCUUUAUUAUUAUAGGCAUUAUGAUUCUUCGGGAUGACAGCAGGCUCUUAUUCGGGGAUGCCACUUUUGCACUUUUUUCCGGUAUUUCCGGUAUUUUGAUCCUGAUCCGCUAUUCGGUUAUUGAGAUCGAGAUAGAAUCUAUAGUUGGAAAAAAAAAAAAACCCACUCACACACAACAACUUGCGCCAAAUGUUCAAAUAACGGAAAAGGGAAGACUUCGCUGUACACCCGUUGCUUAUGUUUGUCGUUUCUCUCUAUGUACACCCUUUGGGUUUCAAAUUGAUAUUCAUAUGUUGCCGAGACCGUGGCGCGUGGAUUUUCAGCUGUUUUCAAAAAAGUUGAGUGGCAUCCCUGCUUAUUGUUCUACUUUCUAGUUUGUUGGAGAAGGGUGUUGCUUCUCACCAGAGGUGGGCAGAGGUAAGGUUUUCUUUGUCAAGAAUGUAUGGGACCUGUGCAUUUGAAAUGUUCUAAAAUGUAAGUUUUUUAAAAAACAUAGUGAUAUAUAAGGGUUUUGGAUGCUAUGAGUCAUGAAUAGAUGGAAUUUUGAAAAUCUUUGCUAGUCUAGUCUGACAGAUUAUGUCUCGUGUUGAGGACCUGACUUACAUGACUUAAUGGUCACCAGUGUGGUCAACUAGUUCUAGUAACAACACCACAUCAAAAUGUCGCUCAUUUUGUAUUGAUUCUUUCUGGUACUUCAUCAGUCACGUGUGGAUUUCUCAGUACGUGUUUUAGGAUUACUUUACAUGCUACAAGCUUGUGGUAUUGUUCUACCUUAUCCUGAUCAUGUGUUUAUUUUACUUGGUUUAUGUGUUAGUUUAUAUAAUUGGGCAAUUUUACUGACCUUCUGGGCUUCUCAGAAUGAUAGUAUAAAGUGAAGUUUCUCUCUCUCUCUCUCUCUCCCUCUCCCUCUCCCUCUCCCUCCCCUUUCUCUGUGUCACUGCACAAAUUUGUUAAUGUGGCUUCGUAAUUGCCUGGUUAAUUUAUUUCUUUUGUAUGUCAGACUUGCCAGUUGAUCUCAACACACUGCUGUUUAAUCCAUGAUUUUCACAUUUCUUUUCGGCUUGCCUCCCUACCUGUCUUUUUUUUUCUUUCCCUUUAAGUUGGUCACUCAGCUGACAUUUCUUAACCUGCAAGCUAUCGCCAACAAAUGCUGUUGUAUUUUGUGUAAGAAUUAUUCCAAUUUGCUUGUCCACUUUCCACACUGUUGUCAAAUCUGGCUCCCAAGUUUUGGAGCUCUCUAGUGGAGAGUUAUGUCAUAUAUGCUACUUGUCUUAGACUUUGCCACAAACUGUUCUUUUUUUUAUUUCCUUGUGUACACCCAGUUGAACUUUUUGAAAUUGUUACUUUAUUAAUGCGCCGACUGAUUGGCUGAAUAUUUUUGUCACCAUUGCUGAGAGCAGUAUCAUCGACUUGAGUAUCUGCCUCUGUAAAUACCUAGAUUAUUAGAGUCCAGACUUUAUGAAAUGAUACCCAUUUUACUAACAAAAAGUUCUUUUUUUCUUCAAAUCUCCCUUUCAAUUUCCGCGGUUUGAUAAAUAUGUUUUACUUUUUUAAAUAUAUGUCAUAAUGUAGGUGAAUCAUCAGAGAAAACUAAAUGAAUGUACAGAAUGUGUGCAGAAAAAAAUGUAUGUCCCCCAGAGGGCAGAAAAUUACACCGUGAAUGGGUUAAAGUAACUGCGUAUUAGUUUUUGCUCUAAAGUCUUUAUGAAAUAAGACGCUAAGAUGAUGUAAGUCUUUUGAUCUUUUUUUGUCUGUGGCCCUUUUGAGAGGUUGUUCUGUUGUUUUAUGUUUGGGUUGAAUUUGACUGUAUUCAGAAAUGUAUACCAAUAUUUCUUGUUUUAUACUUUUAUGUUUAUAAUGCAAAGUUGGGAAAUUUCUUAUUUGGUUUUUGUUUCAUAAUAGCUGGUCAUGUGCAUGUUUGGUGUGUUCCCGAUAUAGGCGCUUUUUGUACAGCACAAAUGGUUCUCUAUCUCCUCUUCCCCCCCCCCUGUACAUUCAUGAGAAUGAUUGCCCCCGCUCAUUUGCUUAGUCUUCCACUGUGUAUAUGAUAUGGCUUUGUGACGCAAUACUAUCUAUUCCAAGUUGAGAUGCAAUCCGUUGUCCUCUGGUUGAGCAGCCUAACUCUUUCUCUUCUGUUUUUCUGCACCGUUUCCUGCGUGUCAAACACCUCCUUCCCGGUCCCCGGUCCCCCUCCCCAGGACUGCACGUCACAAGUGUUAAUAAAGAUAAAGUGCUUUAUAGCAGGACCAAGGGAGAUUUGACGAUCCUCCUCUCUGUAUUCACUCGAGAGAGGGGGGGGGGGAGCUUGGCUGGGCUGGGCUGCUGCUAUGAUGAUGUGAUUGAAGCCUGAACACCUCUCUUGUCUGUGUUGUUCACUCUCACUGGUGAAAAGAAGAAAAAAUACUACUUGAACUUUGGUAUAGUAGGGUGGUGUAGCGAUUAGAUUCAAUUCACGAGUGGGGAGAAUUUAUAUACAGUAUGUCAGUCUUUCUUUUGGGAUGUUGUAUCGCUCUUGGUGUGUGUGUUGCUGAGGCACACAUCCGAAUAAAAUACCCCUUUUCAGUUCUGAAUGCCAUCUCACUGAAAUUGAUUGACUUUUAAUUGAGUCUGUGGUCAUUAACUUGACCAUUUCCUUCCCCCCCCCCCCCCCCAAUGGAAGUUCGGCCCAAGAGAGGUGCUCAGGCUUACAUUUAUGUUUGUUGAUACAUGAUUUAGCUGUAAAUGUACAUUUUUGUAAGAUACUGUUUGUUUUUCCCAAAUGCAAAUGUCUAUGGAAAUUUUGUGGAGGAGGCGAGCUGAAAGAAACAGGUAAUAAAAGCCAGAAGAAGAAACU